CUGGCCUUGAAUCAUUUGAUAUGGAAAACUGCCGAAUAAUGUUAAUUAAAAUGGUCCAUUACAUCAUUGUUGUGUCCUGCUGGAAGCACACAGGCAGUGAAUGGAGGGCGUUUGGGGGGAGGCGGACAUGUCAUCUGGUUUUGAUGUGUGCCAGUGAUGAUGAAAAGAGGCGAAGAUCAGCUGCUGCUCUCAGAAGCACUGAGAUCUACAAGCAACAAGCAUGUUUCACAAACACAACCGUGGAAGAAUUAACCAUAAGAAUGAAAAAAAGUAAAAGAAUGAAACGGAAGAACCCAUCAAUCAAUAGUUCUGGAAAAUAGACUAUGGCCUCAGAGGAGCCGAAUGGACACCAGAGAUCUUCAGAGGAAGACGUCGGGCCUCAUCUGCCCUCUCUCAGGCUCGCAUCACAGAAUUGCAGCAUCCCAAGCCUUUCCAUUGACUCCGGAACAUAUUCACUGGAGCCCUGCCAUGUGCUGGAGAGCGGUGAAGAUCUUACAUCAGACAGGGCUCUGUGUGACUGUGCUGAAACAAAUGGCUUUUCAGAGGAAGAGCUCCUGAACAUAACUUUUGAAGCAUGUGACACUACUGGCAAAGGAGAGGUUCAGGCCUCCACCGUGGUGCAGUAUCUCCAGGCCAUGACGCUCCAAAGCUCCGGCCAGGACAAGCUGACCACUUUACAGCACAUGUUGGACCCAGAGGACCAGGACCCGCCUGUUAGCAGGGAUGUGUUUCAUGCCACCAUGAGAGAGUGGAUCGCCCAAUGCUGCCAAGAUGGAUCUCCUGUGGAUAAAAACCAGGCAACAGGAUCAGCCUUAAGAAAAUUAUCUAGGACUGAAUAUCAUCUUCCUUUAAAUGAGGCCACGUUCACAGAUGGAGCUGAAUGUCAUUGGUUAGUACAUUUUAAAGCCGCACUCAUUUUGAUUUCAUUGGGUUUUUAGAGAUGCACGAUUC